UCCAAUGUGUUGCUCCAUGAAUUAUAGUCCGUUCAGCUCUCCAACCUUUACUUUUAAUGUUGUUGAACACCUUUACCUUUUUCCCAUUCUCAGUGUCACUUAGACUAAUGUUGCACUGACGGAGUACAACGGUACACCUGGAUAAAUGCACAUCCCAGGCGGAAGCAGAAACACAGACAACAUGCCGACAGAGCCGAGCCUACCUGGUGCAGAUGGGGUCAUCAGUAACUGUGCUAUAUGUGGAGACAAAGCCACAGGGAAACACUACGGAGCCUCUAGCUGUGAUGGUUGUAAAGGUUUCUUCAGACGCUCCAUACGCAAGAGCCACGUCUACACCUGCAGGUUCAGCAGACAGUGCAUUGUAGAUAAAGAUAAGAGGAACCAGUGUCGUUUCUGCAGACUCAACAAAUGCUUCAGAGCUGGCAUGAAAAAAGAAGCUGUACAAAAUGAGAGAGAUCGGAUCAGCUCAAGAAGAAGCAUUCCUGACUCCCAAGACGUGCCAACCAUCACUAUUUUGGCUCAAGCAGAAUCACUUUCCCAACAGAUCAUUGCAACAGUGGGAAUACCAGACGUAACGGAGCAGAAAUCUGCUACUGUUGGAGAUGUAUGUGAUUCUAUGAGACAACAGUUACUGGUGUUGGUGGAAUGGGCUAAAUACAUUCCCGCUUUUGGAGAACUACCACUGGAUGACCAGGUGAGCUUGCUCAGGGCUCAUGCAGGUGAGCACCUUUUGCUUGGGGUCGCCAAAAGAUCAAUGCCAUACAAGGACUUCCUGCUUUUAGGUAAUGGCUGUGUGAUUCACAGAAACAGUACUGAAUCAGAGAUCUGCCGGGUAGCCAAUCGAGUGUUGGAUGAGCUGGUCCAGCCCUUCCAGGAUAUUCAAAUAGACGACAAUGAGUAUGCAGCGCUCAAAGCCAUCAUCUUUUUUGACCCAGAUGCAAAGUCUUUGCGGGAUCCUUCGAAGAUCAAGGCUAUGCGUCUGCAGGUCCAGAUGAGUCUGGAAGACUACAUUAAUGACCGUCAGUAUGACUCCCGGGGUCGUUUUGGAGAGCUGUUACUCCUGCUGCCCACCCUGCAGAGCAUCACCUGGCAGAUGAUCGAACAGCUUCAGUUCAUUAAGCUCUGCGGCCUGGCCAAGAUAGACAACCUGCUGCAUGAGAUGCUGCUGGGAGGUCAGACUGGGCCCAUGUCUGUGCUUGUAAACCUGAAAGAACAAAAACAAGGCUUAACAUCAGAGGCCUCACACCUGCACCAUCCAGCACACACCCAACUGGCUCAGGACCCUGUGACUGGACACACUCUGGUCAUCAGCAGCAUGCCUAUUACACACACUCCACAGAUAGCAUCUCCAGACACUCCCAUCCCAUCUCCUCCACAAGGUGCUGCCCCGGAGAUGUACAAACAGUUUUCCCAGCCUCAUGGUCCUCCAGCUAGCCCCUCGUCCUCCACAUAGACAGACCCCUGACUUCUCUCUGCACUCAAAAAAACUGCUUUCAUGGGAUCAGCUUCCUUGCCCCCCUAUUCAUCAUCAGAGUCAUGGCAUAAAAAUUAUGAAAGCAGUCCCUGUUCAGUGUCUGUGGUUAGACUUUUCCUUGCUUCUUUCCCUUGUGACUCCUGGUGGUGUUGCAACAAUAACUUAGACAUAAUUAAAGCGGCUACAUGUAGCAAUUCCAAACUUCAGAGCGUCAUUUUCAAAUUAAGUGGACAAAUGGAACAACACACAAGGGUUUAAGAAAACAUGCUGAACAUUUUUGUGGUCAUCUAAAACUAAUAGAUUGGUUUUCAACUUAGUAUCCUCUCAUUCUCAGUUUAAAAAACCCCCAUCUCAAACCCUUGCAUUGUAAUGAAUUGUAUAUUUUAUUCUAAUGCUAUUAGAAAUGAACAGUAAGGACCUUCAGUCCUUAUGGAUCAUUGUGUACAGUUUAUUAGUGGUGUAUAUCAACGUUCUGAUCAUAUGUAAAUGUACAAAGUACUGUUUAAAUUUAAAUAAAGUUGCAGAAGCAACAACAAUGGAAACCAUAAGGCGCACUGUCAAAACAACACAACUGGCCAUCAAUUUAAAAGAAAAAAAUAAAAUAAUCAAGUGUCUGUUUAUGUACUGUAUGCAUCACAACAGAGAGAAAUAUAUAUGCAAACUGGUCUAAGAUCAGUUAUUUUGUUCUAAAUGAACUUCAUAAAUGUUUCAGAUCUCAUUUAUAAACGAAAAAAAACCGAAAAAAUUCUUUUCAAACAUGGAUUUGUAUAAAGAAAGAAUGUGGACAAACUGUUAUUUUUUUAAAGUUUCUGUAUAUAGUAAAAUGGAUCAUUCAUGUUCGGAUCAUCAAUUUAAAUUAUCCUGUUUUAUGGAAUAUCUUGAAUCAGCUAUGCAUUUUUAUUUUGGUUUGUGUUGAUAUUGAAUGUUCAGAACCAAUGUGGUGGUUUUUAAAAAAAUGUAUACUGAU